AUGCCUUGUCCUGCACGGGAGGAAUUUCAGAUCGGCUGGAUCUGUGCCCUACCUAUCGAGGCGGCCGCAGCCAAAGAAAUGCUCGAUGAGGACUUUGGAAUACUUGAAGAACAAGAUGCUGCAGAUACAAAUGCAUAUAGAUUGGGUCGAAUUGGAAAACACCAUGUCGUGAUCGCCUGCCUGCCUGGUGGACAAUAUGGAGCCUGCGCAGCUACAACAGUUGCAAAUAACAUGGUCCGUACGUUCUCAAAAUCGUUACGGAUUGGCCUGAUGGUCGGUGUUGGAGGAGGCAUCCCAUCCACAGAUCAUGAUAUACGGCUUGGUGACAUAGUGAUUAGCUGCCCGACAGGCAGAUGUGGAGGCGUGGUUCAAUAUGAUAUGGGCAAGGUCGCUGCGGACGGUGUAUUCUGCCGAACUGGCUCUUUGAACAGUCCUCCCAGAUCAUUGUUAACAGCAGUUAACAAUAUGAGGGCUGCUGAGCUAACUGAUGAUCCCCGGUACCCGGAAUAUCUCCAAAGAGCGAUCAGGAGAACACAACGGACCCAGGCACACUUUGGCCGACCCAGUUCACAAAGCGAUCGAUUGUUCAAAACCAAGCACGAGCAUCCUGCUACUGCGGGGAAUUGUGAUAUAUGUCCAAGGGAAUGGGAAGAGACUAGAAGUGAACGGGACACUCAGGAUCUACUACUACACUACGGUAUUAUUGCUUCAGGAAAUUCUGUUAUCAAACACGGUUGCACAAGAGAACAGCUUUGUUUGGAACUUGGGGCACUAUGUUUUGAGAUGGAGGCAGCAGGCUUGAUGUUAGACUUCCCUUGCAUUAUUAUCCGCGGCAUCUGUGAUUACUCUGAUUCACACAAGAACAAGCAGUGGCAAGGUUACGCUGCCAUAGCAGCGGCAGCAUAUGCCAAGGAGUUGCUGGAAUAUAUGCCCCGGGGUCAAGUCUUGCAAGAGCAUCUUGCAGUAGAUGUAUGCAGCUCCAUCGAAAAUUUAACUCAAGAAGUCAAAGGCACGAAUCAACGACUGGAUAUAGCGUACGACCAACAGGAACGACACUAUCACGAACAAACAGCUAGAGCGUUGACCGAUCAACAACGAAAGUGUCAUCAGGUAUUCAAGAUAUCUAACUACGAGCAGCAUAAAGACAUCAAUCCAGGUCAUGUCCCAGGGACAUGCCAAUGGGUUUUGCAGAAUCCACAAUAUCGCCGUUGGUCGAAUAGUUACUGCAAUGAUCUUCUGUGGAUAUCAGCCGACCCUGGGUGUGGAAAAUCCGUUCUGGCCAAAUCACUUAUCGACGAUGACUUCAAAGCAUUGAAUCCAACAGUGUCAAUCUGUUACUUUUUCUUCAAGGACAAUGAUGAGCAGAACAAUCUUGCUACAGCAUUAUGUGCCAUACUACACCAGCUCUUCAGCCAGCAGCCGAAUCUCCUACGGCAUGCAUUGCCAUCGUGGGAAAGGAAUGGGAACAAGCUCCAACUAGAGGCCAGUGAACUUUGGCGGAUCUUUAUAGCAGCGACAUCAGAUCCCACAGCGGCCAAUACUAUUUGUGUGCUCGAUGCGCUUGAUGAAUGUCACCCAAACGAUCAAAAACAACUCAUUCAGAGGCUCGAAGACUUUUACCAUCGAACUGAUGGAUCGGCCGUUGAAACCUGGUUGAAGCUUUUGAUAACCAGUCGCCCCUAUGAUGAGGUUGAGCACAGACUCAAACCUAUCACAGAUCUCUUCCCAUAUAUACAUCUCAAAGGGGAGGAUGAAAACCAUCAGAUCCGCGAAGAGGUUAAUCUGGUCGUAAGGACCAGAGUGAAGGAGCUGGCUGAAACUGCAUUACUAUCAUCCGAUGUACAGCAGCGGCUCGAGCACCAACUUCUUCAAAUGGAACACCGCACGUAUCUUUGGUUAUAUCUAGCCAUUGACGAUAUCCGCACAACAUUUAAAGACAGUCUCUGGCCAGCUGAGGAAUCAAUUCGAUUGAUCCCUCCCUCCGUGGAUGCAGCAUAUGGAAAGAUCCUUGCUCGAGUUCCGUCCAACCAAGUCAAUACAGUAAGAAAGAUCCUUCAAAUUAUUGUUGGUGCACGGCGCCCCUUGACAACACAAGAAAUGGCUAUGGCGUUAGGUAUAGCUUUGUUCCCGAAGUCGCGGAGUGCAGCAAAAGCUGGAAUUGACCCAGUGCGAUUAGCCCGGAAGAUACGACAACUGUGUGGCCUGUUUGUCUUUAUCAACAAUUCGAAAAUAUACCUUAUCCACCAGACAGCCAGGGAGUUCCUUAUCAGCAGGGAUCUUGCCAGAAAUCCCAAUCCUAUAUAUGCCUUCAACCUAUCAGACGCUGAGAGUCUAAUUGCUCAGGUCAUCGCAGUCUUCUGGAAUACUCAGCAGUACAUUGGCCAGAUCAUAUACGAAACAUAUCCUUGGCACAGCAACACGAAUUUGAUGGUUUGUUACAUCAAUUAUACAGCGGAGGCAGAUGGAUGCUUUGGUUCCCAAUACUUUGGCGGGCUACGAUGA